AUGGAGACUCAACUUUCAUCGUUAUCGCAACUAUCUUCAAAUCUCACGUCAGCAGCCACAGUUCUCUCCACCACCAUCGAUGGAUCUCCACGUGCCGUCACCAUUGACACCGGAGGAAACAUGGAGCCACUUGCGUCCGUUCCCGACGCAAAGCUACGCCUCAUGUGCAGCUUCGGUGGCCACAUCAUGCCUCGUCCACAUGACAAGGCCCUAACGUACUCUAGUGGCGAGACACGUCUCGUGGUCAUUGACCGACGCGCUUCACUAGCCUCGCUACGUUCUCGCCUCUCUAGCAUGCUCCUUAAUGGUCGGUCGUUCACACUCAAGUACCAGCUCCCUAGCGAAGAUCUUGACUCACUCGUCACCAUCACUACCGAUGAAGAUCUUGAGAACAUGAUUGAGGAGUAUGACCGUGCCACGUCGUCAGCUACGGCUACUGCCACGCAACGGAUACGUUUGUUUCUUUUCGCGAAUAAGCUGGAGACUGCUGCUACUAUGGGGUCUCUUCUUGAUAGUGCCAAGUCGGAGACAUGGUUUGUUAACGCUUUGAACCAAUCCGGUUUGCUUCCUCGUGGCUUGUCGGAUUCGGCCGCGGUGAACAACACUUUGGUGAAUCUUGACGAGGCGGGUGAAGGAGAGGCUGAGGUUCAGAAACUAGGAGUUGAUGCGGGUUGCGUGAACAACAAGCAAGGAGGUUAUAUCAUGAACGGUGUGAUAUCUCAUCAGGAGAUGCAUAUGAGCUCGAUGCCUGACUCGCCUAUGAUGGAAGCAGCGGGUGGCUCUUCGAUAGGGUCUUCAUCUUCUUCUCCUUCCACUGCCUAUUUGCCACCGAUCCGCGUAAGAGUUAGUGAAGAGCAGAGGAUGGAACAACAGUUUGCUCAAAUGAGCUUCUCAAACGUGGAUAGUCAUCAGAGGAAUGUGGAAGAUGGUGGUGUUGGCUUGGUGGGAAAUAGGCCAAUGAUGAACGAUUCUGCUUUGGGGUAUAGCAACACACCUGUUGAUGGUGUUGCUGCCAUAAGCAAUGGACAGGUUGCACAAGAUGACAAUCGAUCUGAUCCAGGUGUAGUGACUGGAUAUAGGAAGCCACCUUUGCCGAUGCAGCCAGUGGCGAUCCCACAGCGAGGUGCUGGUGGGUAUGGCUUGACAUCUCCUGAUUCUGUUGCAAGUGAUACUAGCAUUUCUUCUGCUACUUCAUUUUCAAAGCCGGUGUACUACCAAGACCAAGCUCCAACUAUGGUAAGAGCCCAGGUAACACAGCCUGAAAUCGCUCCGGUCCAGACUAGCCACGGCAUACCUCAGCAUGAAGCCACUUCAGCCCAAACCACAUCACACGUCCUAUCUCAGCCAAAUACAUAUACAACUAUUGAGCAACAACACCAACUCCCGGUUCAACAACCUUUCUUACACCAAGGUGUUCAAUACAUCCCUCAUCCAUCACAAUACAUCCCGGUUUACCCUCAUCAGCAGCAGCAAAACUACCCAGUUUACGUGAUGUCUGUCCCGCAAUCUCAGCAAUAUGUCCCAGCAGGAACUCCCCCGCUCUAUCCAAACUCAACACCCGCCACAAACCCGAGACCUGAAGUAGCUCAAAACGUUUACCGUGCCCCUAUGUCACAGAACCCUCAGGUUCAGCAACACCAACAACAACAACAGCCUCAACAUCAUUACAUGGGUUACGCAGGAGGUUCUCAACACACGGCAAACGCUAAUCCAAACUACAGUACUGGAGGGUACGAGUACACAAAUCCGCCAAACGAGACAAUAUAUUACCAUGCACAACGUCUUCCUAACAAUGCAAUUCCGUUAGCGUCUCCGUACCAAAGCAUGACACCAGCGGCUGCCGCAGCUGCUUUAGCUGAUAUGUCUAAGCAGAUGAGUCUUGAUAGUGAGAAAGACCAACAGCAACAUAUAGCUGCGUCUCAACCGCUUUAAGCAUUGAGCAAUUAGUCAAUGCAUGUAUUGUGUUUUUUCUUUUUUUUUAUUAUAAUUAUUACGUAUAACGUCGAGUUCCAUCCCAUGAAAUAUACAUACAUAGACUUUUCUUAUAUCGUUUUAUCUAAGUUUUUAGUUAUUGUUAAUGUCCCUUCCCUUCUUUUUUUGUAUGUUCAAAAUAAGAACUGUUUGGAUGAUUUAUCUAAGUAUUUGACUGGG